CGGUGCUCUUUCCUCCGUCCUCCUGUUUGCUAGCCGCAUCACGCUAACCCCGGAGCCCCGGGGGGUAUUACCGAGCUCCGGAGGGGUAACUGGAGGUAACUGGCAGGUAGCUGGAUCGUUCUGGCGGAGUCGAUAUUAAUAAUUGGUACCAAUUUGAAAUUGGAGCAACACGUUGUCUGAGCUGACAGCUGAGCAGGUGCUCUGUAACUUGGAGGGAACUUGGAGAAGCCGGAGCAGCACAUGCACGACGCACCAUGCUUUAAAUACUGGAAGAAGGUGACUCUCGAUGCCUCUGUGAGUCUCACAAGCAAAUAUAACAGUUUCGAAGCUGCCAUUGAGGAGCAUUAUGAGAACUGCAGGGAUUUCCAGACUGUGAGCUGUCUGGCCAUGGAGGCUGCCCCUCCUCUCCAUCCUCUCCUGCUCUUGUGUGUUUGGUGACCUCUGCUCUGCGCCACACCGUCAUGGCAGUGUGUGUGAAGGCUCUGGGCGGUGCAGGGCUGGAGAUCAGACUGCACAGGCUGCUGCUGCUGGGCUGCAUCAGCUGCACCAGGACGCCCUUCAGAAGAGACUCCUUUCCAAAGCGCCUGCUCGGAUCUGUCCGUCCUCUUUCCUUCAGAUUUGGGGGAACUCGAACUCUGGUACCUUGUAGCACGCCUGCUGUCCUCUGCCCAUCAAAGUGCCCACGUGGGAAUGGUAAAGUGGGAGUAUUUAGCAGGAGCCACUGUGAUGUUGUUACAGACUGUUUAAGAAGCAGAUCUCAGAGGAAUCUGCUGCAGGGAGGAUCUUCAUGGCCUGUGUCCUUUGUUCGCAGAAGAGUGACGGACACGUCUCUUUCCAGCGUGCCUCCAGCCUUCGUCGUGAUGAAGUUCGACCAGGAGGGCAACGUGACAACAUUUGAGAAGAAGAAGACGGAGCUUUGUCAGGAGCUGAGUCUUCAGGCCAGAGACCUUCGCUUCCAGCACAGUACCAGCCUCACAGCGAGGAACAACUGCAUCAUCAUCCGGAUGGCGUCGUUAAAAGCCAUCUUGACCCCUCAGUCCCUCAUGGUGCUGGACUUCAGGGGUCUGGGGUUAGAGCGCUGGCUGGUGCUGGAGCUCGCCCCUCAGCUGGCUUCACAGACCAACUCUCUGCCCUUUGAGUUCAGAGCGCUGGAGGCCAUCCUGCAGCACAAAGUAAACACGCUACAAGUCCAGCUCAAUGACGUUGAACCAGUAAUACUGGACACUCUGGAGUCCCUCGUGGAUCCCAAAAUCCUCUCUGCUGACAGAAGCAAGCUGCAUGUUCUGCUGCAGAACAGCAAGAGUUUAUCAGAGUUGGAAACUGACAUCAAAGUGUUUAAAGACUCCUUGUUGAAAAUUUUGGAUGAAGAUGAGAUUAUUGAAGAGCUUUGUCUCACAAAGUGGACAGAUCCACGGGUUUUCGAGGAGAGCAGUUUGGGAAUUGACCAGGCUGAAGAGAUGGAGCUGCUGCUGGAGAAUUACUACAUGCAGGCUGAGGAGAUGGGAAACAAGGCCCGAGAACUGAAAGAACUGAUAGACGACUCAGAGAAUGUCAUCUUUAUCAACCUGGACAGCCAUCGUAACGUGAUGAUGAGGCUGAACCUGCAGCUGACCAUGGGGACCUUCUCUCUUUCCUUAUUCGGCCUCAUUGGCGUGGCCUUUGGAAUGAAUCUCACAACAGCUUUUGAGGAUGACCCCCGAGCGUUCUGGCUGGUCACGGGUUUCAUGUUCCUGGGCAGCGGGCUCAUCUGGAGGCGCUUGUUGUCCUUCCUGGGACGCCAUCUGCAGCCUUCAGUGCCCCCUCUGAUCCCUCCAGUCUGGAAGAGAAAUAUGAGAGGAACCAGAUGAAGACUACCUCCGCUUUGUAAAAACUGCCGCAGACCGUUGAAGAGACUGUCGUCUGAGCAGGCUGCUCCUAUUGAACUCACUGUGAAGGCUCGGAAUUUUAUUUUUUAAACACACCUCGAUGAGAUGUCUUCUUAUCUAAUCACAUUACAUCUUCCCCUAUGUGGAUCAGACCAGAGGGUUCAGAGCGCGGAUCUGUCAUCGCUGGUUUACGGCGGAGGUACUGGAAUGAAAACAGUCUGAAUAAC